AUGGUGUAUCGCCGUUUGGGCAACUCUGGAUUACACGUCUCUGCGCUUGGGUUGGGAGGAUGGCUCACGUUUGGGGGGCAGGUUGAGAAUGAGGGCACUGUUGCUUGCUUGAAGCAGGCGUAUGAUUUGGGUAUCAACUUUUUUGACACUGCGGAAAGCUACGCCGGAGGCCAAUCCGAAGUCGUCAUGGGCCAAGCCAUCAAGCAGCUCGGCUGGAAGCGCAACGACAUCGUCAUCAGCACCAAACUCAACUGGGGCGGCCACAACGGCGAGGUCCUCGUCAACAACCACGGCCUGAGCCGCAAGCACAUCGUCGAAGGCCUCCGUGCCUCCCUCCAACGCCUCGACCUCGAAUACGUCGACAUUGUCUACGCCCAUCGCCCGGACCGUCUCACUCCCAUGGAGGAGGUCGUUCGUGCUUUCAACCACGUCAUCGAGAUCAAGGGGUGGGCGAUGUACUGGGGGACCAGCGAGUGGAGUGCUGACGAGAUCGCCGAAGCAUGCGGCAUCGCCAAGCAGCUCGGACUUAUCGCGCCGAUUGUUGAACAGCCAUUCUACAACCUCCUGCACAGAAAGAAGGUCGAGGGCGAGUUCCAGAGGCUGUACAGCAGAUUCGGUCUUGGAUUGACGACGUUCAGUCCCUUGAAGUUUGGUCUGCUCAGUGGAAAGUACAACGAUUCGCCUGAUACGCCUCCGCCGGGGAGCCGUUUUGCGAAGGGCGACGACAAGUUUGUCAAUUACAUGAGAGACAAUUACGGGAACAGGAGCUGGCAGGAUGAUAUCGAAAAGGUGAAAAAGCUCAAGGUUAUCGCCGACAAGGUCGGCAUUCCCCAGUCAGAGUUGGCUCUGGCGUGGGUGUUGAAGAAUCCCAAUGUUUCGUCUGUUAUCACUGGCGCGUCAAGGCCGGAGCAGAUUGUUGAGAAUGUCAAGGCGUUGAAGAGUAUGGCUUUGUUGACGCCAGAUAUUAUGAAGGAGAUUGAUGAGGUGGUUGGGAGUGUUGAGUUGGAUCCAGCGAGACAGGACUAA